CAGAGCAGAGAGAAGCUGUGGACAUUCACAAGAUGGUGAAGAUGCAGUGGAGUCUGUUUGUGUUCAUUGUGAUGGGGAGAAGAUGCAGUGGAGUCUGUUAGUGUUCAUUGUGAUGGGUCAGUGUUCCUCCAUUGGGGGUCAGCUGUAUGACUACCACUUCAUUGGAGAGGAGAAGACCUGGAAAGAAGCCCAGGAGUAUUGCAGAAAGAACCACACUGACCUGGCCACAGUGGCUAACCAGGCAGACAUGCAGAGACUCCUUAACUCCACGAAUGCACGGUAUCCAGACGGAGCCUGGAUUGGGCUGCAAAACAACACACCAAACACCGUGUGGCGCUGGUCUCUGUCAGGGGUGGAGUUCAACAAGAAUGAGAGUAAAUGGUUUCCAGGACAGCCAAAUAAUUUCAACAAUCAGGAGAACUGUGUGAGGAUGAAGAUGAAGGAUGACAAAUGGCAUGAUGACUCUUGUUCUGAAACCUAUAAAUUUAUCUGCUAUGACGAAGGCAAGAAAUCUGACAAAACAUUUUAUAUCAGUGACACUGGGAUGAACUGGACAGAGGCUCAGAGAUUCUGCAGAGAAAAUUACACUGACCUGAUCAGUGGAGUCAAACAGCUAGAAGACUUCAAGAGACAGCGCCAGAAUGAUUCAAACCAGCCCCAGAAUGAUACAGAACUCUGGAUCGGCCUCAGAAACUGCUGGAGUUGGUCAGAUGGGAGCAGUUUCUCUUUCAGAUCCUGGGAUGAUGAUGAACCUAAGAAAGAAGACCCUGAGAAGACAUGUGCUAUGACUACGUCAGAUGGAAAAUGGAGCUCCGAUCACUGUAAUGAAACCAAACCCUUCUUCUGCUACAACGAUUCAGUGAUCCUGAUCAACCAGAGCAUGAACUGGGAGGACGCGUUAUACUACUGCAGAACUAGCUAUGGCGACCUUGUCUCCAUCACCAACCUGGACGAGCAGCGCUGGGUCCAGGAGAGAGCCAAGAUGGCCUCCACUCGCUACGUGUGGCUGGGUCUGCGCUACACCUGCACUCUGGACUUCUGGUUCUGGGUCAGUGACGAGACGGUCCGCUACAAGAACUGGGGGCCCAGCCAGCCUGAGGACGACUGCAACAUGUCUGGAGCCAUGGACCGAAAUGGAACUUGGGUCAAAUUGAUCGACGAUGACGAUGACAACCAGCUUAACUUCAUCUGUUCCAAGAACAAACCACCAAAAUGUAACUAAGUACAUUUACUCAAGUACUGUACUUCAGUAAUACCGUUGUUGAGAUUAAGUACUUCACUUAGAUCUCAAAGUUAAUAUUUCAAGAAAAAAGUAAUAUAAUAGUAAUAUUUUAAAGGAACACGCCGACUUAUUGGGACUUAAUCACAGCGUGU